CUCUGAUUUAUUGAUUGAUUGAUCCAUUGUUUGCAGGUUGAAAAACAAAACAAAGAUAAGUUAGUCAAGCUCACAAAUGUUCAAAAUUCAGAGCAGAACUUGCGCAAGUGUCCAAUUCUUUUUAUCAAUCAAAUAAUCGUUUCUUUAAUUUUUUUCAGUUCGACGUUUGCAAUCGCAGCGGGCAAGGGCGCAACCCAUACGCAUAUUGCCCAUUAUGCCGCUCAGGUGUGAGCAAAAUUUCUCACAUUAAGGAGUGUGCCAAAAACAACAAGGCAGUGGAUGGCAAGAGAGCCGAGGCUUACGCGAAGGCGUUUUACACGGGGGGAAUGCGGGAGCCCCUGCCAAACAACUUCAAGACGCAGCUCUUUGAAGCUGUGGGGCGGUCAAGGCAGGACUUCGACAAUUUAUUUGAUAAUAUGUGUGCCGUACUUGGCGUUGGUCAGGAUUCCCUAAACAACAGCAUGCUCGUUUACAAUAUUGGGACACUUUUUAACAAGGAUGAGCCUGUCCCCGUCAACGUCUCUAGGCGUGUGCUUCGUCAGGCUGAAGAGGAAUUGAACGAAGAAGGGGUCGACGAAGAAGACGACAUGGAGGACGUUCCGCUGGCAAAGCGCCAGCGAAAUGCCCGCUAG